ACGUCGCUGCCAUGACAACCGUGGAGCCUGCAUUCUCCGGCCUAACUAGGAGCUUACUGGCCUCCGGGGUCAGGGCUGUUUCCCACGCGGAGCCCAGGACAUCUGGGGCUGCACAGCCACCAUGCCCAGUGACACUCUCUGGGAAAUCGCAAAGGCCGAAGUAGAAAAGAAGACAAGCCAGGGCAGUGAAGGGAACGGAGCCGAAAUUGGAGAAAAAUCGGUCUUCUUCCUUGGCAGUAAAAAUGGGGGGAAGACUACUAUUAUUCUAAGGUGUCUUGACAGGGAUGAGCCAGCAAAGCCAACCUUAGCUUUGGAAUAUACGUACGGAAGAAGAACAAAGGGGCACAACACACCAAAAGACAUUGCUCACUUUUGGGAGCUGGGUGGAGGAACCUCCUUAUUGGACCUAAUAAGCAUACCAAUCACAUGCGAUUCCUUGAGGACAUUCUCUAUUGUUCUUGUUCUGGAUCUUUCCAAACCUAAUGAUCUCUGGCCCACCAUGGAAAAUCUGUUGCAAGCCACAAAAAGCCAUGUCGACAAAGUGAUAAUGAAGCUGGGGAAGAUAAAUUCCAAAGCAGCCUCGGAGAUGAGGCAGAAGAUGUGGAGUGUCAUGCAGAAGGACCAUCCGGAUCGUGAGUUAAUUGACCCGUUUCCAAUACCCCUGGUCAUAAUUGGAAGUAAAUAUGACAUUUUUCAGGACUUUGAUCCUGAGAAGAGGAAGGUGAUAUGCAAGACGCUUCGGUUUGUCGCCCAUUAUUACGGAGCCUCGCUGAUGUUUACCAGCAAAUCAGAAGCUCUGUUACUGAAAAUACGUGGUGUUAUCAACCAGUUGGCAUUCGGUAUUGAUAAGAGCAAAUCAAUAUGUGUGGAUCAGAAUAAACCACUGUUUAUCACAGCAGGAUUGGACUCUUUAUGUCAAAUAGGGUCCCCUCCUGUUCCCGAUAGUGACAUAGGAAAGCUUCAGGCCCAUUCACCAAUGGAGCUGUGGAAAAAGGUGUAUGAAAAGCUCUUCCCCCCAAAGAGUACCAGCACCCUGAAGGCGAUCCAGGACCCGGCCAGAGACCCACAGUAUGCAGAGAGUGAAGUUGAUGAGAUGAGAAUCCAGAAGGAUCAGGAACUGGAACAGUACAAGAGAAGUUCUUCUAAGACCUGGAAACAAAUUGAGCUGGACUCUUGACCCUGGUCCACUAGUGGGGGGUUUAUGUCUUCCUUCCCAAGUUCAAGUAAGAUUCUUUUCUUCCCUUCUAUGGCAAUGUGUGAGGAAAGCUGAGAUGUCUAAUGUAUUAGAGGAAGCCUAAUUCUUGUCCUGGUACAACUUGGUGAACGUUCUGAAGUCUUUUAAAGAGAAACUAUGCGGGUUGGGGAUUUAGCUCAGUGGUAGAGCACUUGCCUAGCAAGCACAAG